AUCCCAACGGCGGUCUUAUUUGUUGCAACACGUGCGGUUAAUUUUUGUUAAGUUAUUAACUUCAAAACAGCUAGGAAAAAUGCCAGGCACGAAGCGGAACGAACCACUACUGUACAUGGAAGAACAUCGUGUAAAGCAGGAUCCGCAGGAUUAUGGCCUGGCGGACGACGUGUUCAGCAUAGAAGCGUUCAAAGAAAAACUGCAUAUAAUCAUCGUUAGGAACGACGAGGAGGGCUUAGAGUUUGAUCUGAUUGGGGUUUAUCCGGCCAUUGCUAAUGCCUUUCGUCGCUUGAUGCUCAGCGAUGUGCCCAGCAUGGCCAUCGAAAAGGUGUACAUAUACAACAAUACCUCGAUCAUCCAAGAUGAGGUACUGGCCCAUCGGAUGGGCCUGCUUCCGCUUAAGGCCGAUCCCCGACUAUUUGCCUAUCGGACAGAAGAGAGCACCGAAGCGGGAACCGAGCAGGAUACUCUAGAAUAUGAAUUGAAGGUGAAGUGUUCCAGGCGACGGGAUGCUGGCAAGGAUCAAUCAAACUUCGAUGAUAUUUACAAAAACCACAAAGUGUACUCCGGCCAUUUAAAGUGGUUGCCGAAAGGAAAGCAGGCCCAGAUCUACAGCGAGAGCGCCGUAAAUUGCAUCCACGAAGACAUUCUAAUUGCCCAGCUCCGUCCGGGUCAUGAGUUGGACCUUCGCUUGGUGGCGGUCAAGGGACUCGGGCGGGAUCACGCCAAGUUUUCCCCGGUGGCGACGGCCACCUACCGACUGUUACCGCAGAUCAAACUUAAUCGUGAGAUAUCCGGCAAGGAUGCUUACCUCCUCCAGAGCUGUUUCUCGCCCGGAGUAAUUGGUAUUGAUGAAAACGAAAACGCUUAUGUUAAGGAUGAGCGAUACGACACCUGCAGCCGGAAUGUAUAUCGCUACCCUCAGCUUAAAGAUGCUGUGACAUUGGCCCGAGUCCGGGAUCACUAUAUCUUUUCCGUGGAGUCAGUCGGUGCACUCAAGCCAGAUAUCAUAUUUCUGGAGGCCGUCAAGGUGCUGAAGAAGAAGUGCCGAGCGUUUAUAGACGAAAUUGAGGCAGAAUAGUUAUUUAUUUAAUUGUUAAAGAUUUUUCUAUGUACAUAAGACGACAAUUGAUAUAAAAUGUAAGCCUAAGAACUA